CGUGUUCUCGCGAUAUUCGGCUUAGUUUACUUAUCUCCUUGGUUAGCCAUGUAGCAUGCUCGUAUCUGUCAACAUUGUAUCCCAUCGUUAAUAGGGAAGGAAUAAGCUAGUAAAUUCAUGCUAGCUAUUAACUUCUGGCAGAAAGAUCAAGCGUACACAUUGCGGAGAAAGUUCAACGUUAAAUAGAGACAGGAUAUGAGAUCUGAAGGCGCAUAGGUCCUGUAAUAUCAGCUCUCUUGAGAUGGCAGGACGCUCCAUCUCUUAUGACAGCCACUCUAGCGAUUCAGAAAAUUGGGAUCAAAGGACGACGUGUCGGUCUAGGAGGAUCUGCAGAUACUCAAGCAGUGGUCAGCCGCGUGGAUCUCAGCUGGAGAGUGAGCUGGUGAAUAUGAGCCUGCACGGAGCCAGCGGAGGAGGAGGAGGCCCCCUGGACCACUCUAGGGAGAGACGGCGCUCUGGCGAUCGCUCCAGGGAUUCUUCACACGAGAGAGGCGAAGGACAGCUGACCCCCUGCAUCAGAAAUGUCACCUCACCUAUACGCCAGCCCCUCAGCGACCGUGAACGGGAUUCAGGCUGCUCAUCGCGCUCCACGAGUCCCAGGCCUCAGAAACCAUGCACCUCCAGCCUGUUCUAUGGCGACCCUCAUGGCAAAACCCACAGCUCCGACAUGAUCUACGUGUGCGAAAACGUCAAGGAGGGCCCUCGCAGUUUGAGGACUGCCGAGCGAGUCACCCUGAUUGUAGACAACACUCGUUUUGUGGUCGACCCAUCCCUCUUCACUGCCCAACCCAACACCAUGCUCGGCAGGAUGUUUGGAUCUGGACGGGAGCACAACUUCACGCGUCCUAAUGAAAAGGGAGAGUAUGAGGUUGCAGAGGGAAUCAGCUCCACCGUGUUCAGAGCCAUUUUGGAUUACUACAAAUCAGGGAUAAUCCGCUGCCCUGAUGGGAUCUCCAUCCCGGAGCUGAGAGAGGCAUGUGACUACCUUUGCAUCGCCUUCGACUACAGCACCAUCAAGUGCAGAGACCUCAGUGCACUCAUGCACGAGCUGUCUAAUGACGGCGCUCGGCGGCAGUUUGAGUUCUAUCUGGAGGAGAUGGUGCUGCCCCUGAUGGUGGCCAGCGCUCAGAGCGGAGAGAGGGAGUGUCAUGUGGUGGUGCUGACCGACGACGAUGUGGUGGACUGGGAUGAGGAGUAUCCACCGCAGAUGGGCGAGGAGUACUCACAGAUUAUAUACAGCACAAAACUAUACCGCUUCUUCAAAUACAUUGAAAACAGAGAUGUUGCCAAGUCGGUCCUGAAGGACAGGGGACUGAAGAAAAUUCGAUUAGGCAUUGAAGGUUACCCGACCUACAAGGAGAAAGUAAAGAAGCGACCCGGCGGGCGUCCUGAGGUCAUUUACAACUACGUCCAGCGGCCCUUCAUCCGCAUGUCCUGGGAAAAAGAGGAGGGCAAAAGCCGACAUGUAGACUUCCAGUGCGUGAAAAGCAAGUCCAUCACCAACCUGGCGGCAGCCGCCGCAGACAUCCCUCAGGACCAGCUGGUGGUGAUGCACCCCGGACCUCAGGUGGACGAACUAGACAUCCUCCCCAACCACCCUCAGCCCAGCCACCAUUACGAUCCUGAUCCUGACGCCUCGUCCCCAGCAAUCUGACCCUCACACACACACACACACACACACACACAUACACACGUACACAAUGUCACCACUGGAGCACUGCAGAGAAAGGCCAGCCAAGUCCCGCUGCCAAGACCGCAUUGCCUUUCAAGUCCUCUCCCGCCUUAAGAGUCUCAAAGACGAUCGCUGCGGCAGCACAUGACCUUUGGACACUUUGCCUUUCUUUCCCACAUAGAACUCAACCAAAGGAGUUUUUUUUGAUAUAGAUAGACACUCAAAGUUGAUAAUCACUCCUUUGAUUAGUAUCUGAUUGUACUAUGUUGUGGUGCUGUGUGGCUACUGCUGUUUAACUUGGCAAUAAAAAAGGAGCACAAUCCACCCGAGCACCCCGCGAGCAACAUCAUGCGAUAAAAUGAGAAUCCCUUCUGGUUUUGUCGUGUGGACUGAGUGUAACGGAGCACCUGUGGAGCUUCACUGUGAUGCAUGGCCUCUGAAUGAGUACUGAAGUGAUGUCACGUUUUUAUCGUACCGUACUUUUCAUUUUGUUGUUAUUUUGUAGCUGCGGUGGGGUGCAAUCCUCUCGUGCACCGCUGGAGAAAUGUUAUUUUAAUAAACAUGAUCAAAUCAG